AUGAAUGACAAUUUAUGCCGUUAUUAAUUCAAAUUCAGAGUUGGCGCAACGAUAUGAAAUGAUUUUAAUUUCAGGACCAAUCUAUUCAUGUAAAUUUUAUUUUAUUUGAGUGACAUUAUAUUUUCCAUAAGAUGUGUGCGAUGUCCUUUACCAGACAUUUGGGACUGAGUUCAGUGAACAAAGUAUACUUAGGUAGGAGUUUAUAGUUCCCACUGCUUUUUGUUUACAGAGAAAAAUAUGGAAAGAAAAUACGAGCACCUACUUGUAUUUUAAUUUUACUCACACAUUUUGUAAUGGGUCCGGUCCUGCUAGUUGGAUAUUCUAUUAGAGAUAAUUAAGGCGGGCCGCGGACCAUCAUCAUUUUGUACCGUAGCGCCAGCUGCCAGCCCAUUUUGAGUUGUUUACUAGUUUACUGUAGUUUCUUGUUUCCAUUUUCAACCGUGGAUAGAAUUGUUGCUUUUAUUUUCUGUUUAUUACAAGCUGACACUCAGGUUUACAUUAUGACCUGUAAAAUUGUUAUAAUCAAUCCAGGUAUUUUUCGUCCAGGUGAUGCGAUAACAGGAAAAAUAAUAUGUAUAUUCGAAAGGGAAGAACGAAUAAGAGGUAUUAAAUGUCAAUUUCGUGGAAGAGAAAAAGUUCACUGGAACGAGCGAAGAGGGAAACAUACAACACAUUAUCAUGGACAAACCGAUUUUGUGGUGGCUAAUACCGAUUUUAUGGACGAAGGUACAAUGAGGCCUGGAAAAUAUGAAUAUAACUUCUCGUAUGUACUACCUCCAUCAGAUAUUCCAAGUUCUUACCAACAUCAGUUUGGUAGUAUCAGAUAUUUUUUGCACGCCUACGUGGAUAGACCGUUUGCGUUCGAUUACAAAGAUGACGUGGCAUUACACGUUGUAUCACCUAUAAUAAAUCAUCCAACACACCAAAUGAGAGCAGUAUCACUGGAAGUCAACAAAGAAGUGGGGACAUGUUGCUGGCCCAAAGAACCCUCGACUAUGGAGUUGCGACUAGAAAGAGACAACUAUGUAUUAGGAGAUGUGAUCUACUUUAAAGCGAUCAUACGUAACACGUCCGAUUCAGAAAUUAACAGCAUAGCGGUACAACUAUCAACGACUGUCCAACUUACGGCUUACUCCCCAUCAACAAGACAUAAAACAGAGAGAAUUCUUUUAGCUGUAGCAGAAGGAUCUGGUGUUGCACCAGGAAGCACAAAAAUUCAUAAAUUUAGUUUAAAAAUUCCUGAAACUGCUAUAAUAACUAAUUUUACUAGAUGCACAUUAUUUAAACAAUGGUGUUCAUUACGGGUACAAGCACUCUAUCCAUUAUUUCACAGUAAUAUGGUUGCUGAAGUUACUAUUAAAUUAGGAGAUACUAUAGUCAGGACUGAACAAAUUGAACAUGCUGUUAAUAGCCCUUCAAAUAGUUUUGUUCCUGUAGCUGAAGCACCUCCAGUCGUUUAUCCUCCUGUUCCACCUUCUGCACCUUUGGCCAAUGAUAGAUUAGCCUUCAUUGAUGACAAUAAUGGUACAGCAGAAGGACCUCCUCCUUCAUAUGACGAUGUGGUUAAAGGCAGUUACUGACAUUAAACAACGGGCAUCUACUUAAAGCACAAAUUGAAUUUAUGAUAUAUAUUUUAUAUACUUAAUGUUUUAUAAAUAAAAACUCUAUACCAAAAUCAUGAAACGAAAUACUAACACAUAGAUAUGUGAUUGGUAAGAAGAUAUUUUAUAAAUUGUAUUAUGUAGA